AUGGAUCAGUGUGAGGACAGAGAGGAGGGAGUCCCUCCCUCUAAAACCACUCUGUGUGGGGAACAUGAGAGCCAGACCACAGCUCAGAGGAACCAACCUGAACUUGAACCCAAGCUGAGCUGUGUGUCCUUAAAGAAUGAUUGGUCUGAAGAGCACCUGAUUCACUUUAAAGGACAGCAGGCGUCUGCUGCAGACAGGAUCUGUGGGAGACCUGAUAGACCUAGACCUGAACCCAGCUGUGUGUCCUUAAAGAGUGACUGGUCUAAAAAUUUUGACAUUAAUUUUAAAGGACAGCAACCAUCUGCAGCGGAGAGGGUCUAUGGGAGAUUUGCUGAACAUGGAGGUAAACCUGGAACUGAGCCCAGCUGUGUGUCCUUAAAGAGUGACUGGUCUAAAAAUUUUGACAUUAAUUUUAAAGGACAGCAGCCAUCAGCUGCAGAGAGAGUAGACCAGAAAAGCUCAGAGAUUACAAGUGGUCAGUCUGCACAGCACCAUCAAACACAGAUGGACUCCAUAUUUACGCUGCUGGAGGACAACAUCAUCACUUUUGUGAAAAACGAGCUGAAGAAAAUCCAGAUGGUUCUGAGUCCAGGUUACCCAGGAUCCUUAGAAGAUAUGGAGACAUUGGAGGGUGAAGAUGAAGAGCAGACGAGGACCAGGAGAGGGGCUAUUCUGAAGAUUACAGUGUACUUCCUGAGGAGAAUGAAGCAGGAGGAGCUGGCUAAGCGACUGCACAGUCAAGUGCUUUCUCCACUUUGUCAAUGUGAACUUAAAUUUAAGCUAAAGAAGAAGUUUCAGUGUGUGUUUGAGGGGAUCGCUAAAGCAGGAAACCCAACCCUUCUGAAUCAGAUCUACACAGAGCUCUACAUCACAGAGGGAGGGACUGCAGAGAUCAAUGAUGAACAUGAGGUCAGACAGAUUGAAACAGCAUCCAGAAAACCAGACAGACUAGAAACAACAAUCAGACAAGAAGACAUCUUUAAAGCCUCACCUGGAAGAGAAGAACCAAUCAGAACAGUGCUGACAAAGGGAGUGGCUGGCAUUGGGAAAACAGUCUUAGCACAGAAGUUCACUCUGGACUGGGCUGAAGACAAAGCCAACCAGGACAUCCAGUUCAUGUUUCCAUUCACUUUCAGAGAGCUGAAUGUGCUGAAAGAGGAAAAGUUCAGCUUGGUGGAACUUGUUCAUCACUUCUUUCCUGAACCCAAAGAAGCAGGAAUCUGCAGCUUUGAAGACUUCCAGGUUGUGUUCAUCUUUGAUGGUCUGGAUGAGUGUCGACUUCCUCUGGACUUCAACAAAACUACAGUCUUAACUGACCCUAGAAAGUCCACCUCAGUGGAUGUGCUGCUGACAAACCUCAUCAGGGGGAAACUGCUUCCCUCUGCUCGCAUCUGGAUAACCACACGACCUGCAGCAGCCAAUCAGAUCCCUCCUCAGUGUGUUGGCAGGGUGACAGAGGUCAGAGGGUUCACUGACCCACAGAAGGAGGAGUACUUCAGGAAGAGAUUCAGAGAUGAGGAGCAGGCCAGCAGGAUCAUCUCACACAUCAAAAUAUCACGGAGCCUCCACAUCAUGUGCCACAUCCCAGUCUUCUGCUGGAUCACUGCUACAGUUCUGGAGGAUGUGCUGAGAACCAGAGAGGGAAGAGAGCUGCCCAAGACCCUGACUGAGAUGUACAUCCACUUCCUGGUGGUUCAGGCCAAAGUGAAGAAGGUCAAGUAUGAUGGAGGAGCUGAGACAGAUCCACACUGGACUCCAGAGAGCAGGAAGAUGAUUGAGUCUCUGGGAAAACUGGCUUUUGAUCAGCUGCAGAAAGGAAACCUGAUCUUCUAUGAAUCAGACCUGAUCAAGUGUGGCAUUGAUAUCAGAGCAGCCUCAGUGUACUCAGGAGUGUUCACACAGGUCUUUAAAGAGGAGAGAGGGUUGUACCACGACAAGGUGUUCUGCUUCAUCCAUCUGAGUGUUCAGGAGUUUCUGGCAGCUCUUCAUGUCUAUCUGACCUUCAUCAGCUGUGGAAUCAAUUUGUUGGAAGAGGAACAAACAACCACCACCAUGUGGUCCAAAUUAUUUAACAAACCAAAACUACAUUUGCUUCACCAGAGUGCUGUGGACAAGGCCUUACAAAGUCCAAACGGACACCUGGACUUGUUCCUGCGUUUCCUCCUCGGUAUUUCACUGAAGACUAAUCAGACUCUCCUACGAGGUCUGUUGACAGAAACAGGAAGUAGCUGGCAGAACAAUCAGGAAACAGUUCAGCACAUCAAGAAGAAGAUAAGAAAGAAUCUGUCUGCAGAGAAAAGCAUCAAUCUGUUCCACUGUCUGAAUGAACUGAAUGAUCGUUCUCUAGAGGAGGAGAUCCAACAGUCCCUGAGAUCAGGACGUCUCUCCACAGAUAAACUGUCUCCUGCUCAAUGGUCAGCUCUGGUCUUCAUUUUACUGUCAUCAGAGAAAGAUCUUAACAUGUUUGACCUGAAGAAAUACUCUGCUUCAGAGGAGGCUCUGCUGAGACUACUCCCAGUCGUCAAAGCCUCCAAUAAAGCUCUACUGACUGUCUGUAACCUCUCGGAGAAAGGCUGUAAAGCUCUGUCCUCAGCUCUCAGCUCCCAGUCCUCUGGUCUCAGAGAGCUGGACCUGAGUAACAACAAUCUACUGGAUUCAGGAGUGAAACUUCUGUCUGUUGGAGUGGAGAGUCCACACUGUAAACUACAAUCGCUAAGACUGAGUGGCUGUAAUCUCUCAGAGAGAAGCUGUGAAGCUCUGUCCUCAGUUCUCAGCUCCCAGUCCUCCAGUCUGAGAAAGCUGGACCUGAGCAACAAUGACCUGCAGGAUUCAGGAGUGACACUUCUGUCCACUGGACUCAAGAGUCCACAAUGUACACUGGAAUCUCUCAGACUGAGUAUAUGUAACCUGUCAGAGAGAAGCUGUGAAGCUCUGUCAUCAUAUCACAACUCUCAGUCCUCUAGCCUGAUAGAGCUGGACCUGAGUAACAAUGACCUGCAGGAUUCAGGCAUGAGGCUUUUAUCUUGUGGACUGGAGAGUCCACAUUGUACAAUGGAAACUCUCAGGCUGUCAGGGUGUUUGAUCACAGAGGAAGGCUGCACUUCUCUUGCUUCAGCUCUGAGCUCCAACCCCUCUCAUCUGAAGGAGCUGGACCUGAGCUACAAUCAUCCAGGAGACUCAGGAAUGAAGCUGCUGUCGGCCGGACUGAAAGAUCCACGCUGGAGACUGGACACUCUCAGGGCGGAGCCUGCUGGAGUCCAGUGGUUGAACCCAGGUCUGAGGAAGUAUUCCUGUCAACUCACAAUCGACACAAACACAGUAAACAGAAACCUCAAACUGUCUGACAACAACAGGAAGGUGACAUAUGUCUUGGAGAAGUUUAAGUCAUAUCCUGAUCAUGGAGACAGAUUUAUUGACCGGUGUCCUCAGCUGCUGUGUAGAAAUGAUCUGACUGGUCGCUGUUACUGGGAGGUCGAGUGGAGCGGAAAAGCUUGGAUAUCAGUGAGUUACAAAAGAAUCAGAAAGAAAGGAAACAUUAAUGACUGUGUGUUUGGAUGGAAUGAUCUGUCCUGGAGUCUGAAGUGCACUGAUGAUGGUCCUCAUUCUGUCUGGCACAAUAAAAGGCAAACAUCCAUCUCCUCCUCCUCCUCCUCCUCUGUCUCUAACAGAGUAGCAGUGUAUGUGGACUGUCCUGCUGGCACUCUGUCCUUCUACAGAGUCUCCUCUGACACUCUGACCCACCUCCACACCUUCAACACCACAUUCACUGAACCUCUUUAUGCUGGAUUUGGGGUAGGGUUCAUGAAUGAUUCUUGGGGAUUUUCAUUCUAUCGUGAUUCCUCAGUGUUUAUGUGCUGAGUUUAGUCUAAAGAGUGUCUUCCUGUUAGAGAAAUAUGCUGACUGUUACGCAGAUAGUUCAGUCUGCACAUUCCGUAAACUGGAACUGGGCCUGAUCCUGUCUGAAUCUGUGAUCCUUAUCCAUUUUGGAUUUGACCUGCUGUGCAACUGGACUCUGACCUGGACACAGACUGUCCAUAAUCUUGCUCCAAGGACAACUGCAAGAUUAACCAUGCAGCGCUGCAGCACUGAUGUGACAGCUAGGUGGCCUCCUUUAAAACAUGGCCACAUGGCCACAUGAUUAUAACCUUGAGAAUACCUUCAUGCCCUGCUGGGUGCGAACCAGUGGGAUGCCACUGAUUUGGCACUUCAAUCAGUGUUCAGCCCCUUUACACCUUUACUUAUGGGCCAGGGCUUAGUGAAAACAAAAUUCACAAAAGAGGUGGCCCUGGAGUAGACAAGACAAAAACUAGCCCUGGUGCAGUAAGUCAGACCAGGUGAUUAAACUUGGUGGACCUGGGUGGCUCCUUGUUUGUUUUUGAAACUGUGGCAUAUGUUGUUUGGAAGUGCCAGGCACACUUCCUUGUUUUUGAUCCUGUUUUGCUUGGAAAACCCGGAGUGGAUUUUCUUUGUUCUUUUUGUACAAAUGAACUGAAGAACUUUAAUGAACUGAAAUUCACUGAGCUAACCUAAACUGAAUCACUUCACUUGGAUGAUUGCUUUGAUGUGUUCUUUUGUUGCAUGGGUAGUUGAAUAUAUUUUCUUUUGCGUUAUUGACAAGCUGAACUGGGUUGUUUUCAUUGGGUGUUUAGCCUUUAUGUUACUUACAUCCUUAGUGAGGUUUGCAAGGCAGCCAAGUUGUAAAACUCAAUAAUCUUUUCAGGAGAGAGACCUCACCAAAAAACAAAAAUUACUUUAAAUCCGAAUAAACCUAAGCAAACGGUCACACCAAAAUAACAGUGAACCAGGCUCACAGUCUGUGGGUGCCUCAGGCUGAACCAAGCAGGGUUGACAUUUAAACAUGUGAAGUACUGUUUUUAAAGCUGAACAUAUCCAACAGCUUCUGUAUGAAUCAAAGUCUGUUUAUGAAUAUGAGUCAUGGCUGCAUGCAAACUAUUCAACUGAUGUAAAA